GGGUUAGUGUGGGCGUGCGGGGAUGCGCUGCUCGGCCGUAGGCAGCAACCACUGAUCCACCGGGCUGCAGCGGGAGCGGCUCUAUCAUGUCGGGGCCGGUCGCUGCGCUGCUGGUGAUGAGCGCCGGAGCCGCGUUGGCGUGGGUGCCGGGAGUGCGCCUGCCUCGGGGCCCUCUCUUCAGGGUGGAGGGAAGCCAGCUAUCGGUGUUCUGCAACGUGUCGGCCCUGGAUGAGGCCAGUGGGCUGGACUUCGAGUGGACUUUAAUCCGACGCUCGGAGCCUCCGGUAAGGCUCAGGCUGGUGAGUACGCGGGAUCCGGCCUUCGCCCACGCCAGCAUCCGACACAGGGUGCUCUCCACCGAGGUCGCCGUCAGACGCCCUGCACCCGGCUCCGUCCAGCUUCUCAUUGGGAAGGUCCGCAAAUCCGAUGAGGGCGACCUGGAGUGCAGUGUCCCGGCAGCAGAGGGGAGAUAUCGGGCCGAGUACACGGCCCUCGUACAGCUGAAAGUGGUGCCAGACACACUGCAGCUGACGGGCCCCGAUGCAGUGGAGCCACUCACGCUGCACCAGGGGCAGUCACUGGCGCUGCACUGUGCCGUGGCCUCAUCCUCACCACUGCACCUCCAUGUGGCAGUGAGUUUCGUCCUGCAGGAGGCGGCAGCGGGCCGGAGGCAGCCUGUGGUGGGGCUGGACCGUGAUCUUGCCCUGGACGUGGACACGGGGGGCCCCUUCUGGCUGCGCUUCACACGCGGAGAGGUGGGGCUGCAGAAAUUUGGUGCCAACUCCUACCACCUGUAUGUGCAGCACGUGGAGAUGCAGGACGCGGGGCGCUAUGAGUGUGUGGCCGCACAGUGGCUCCAGGACCCCGACGGAAGCUGGCAGAAGAUUCUGGAGAAAUCCGUCCCACUGGUCGAGCUGAGUGUCCAGCCCAAUGAGCUGGCGGUGCGGGCUGAGGUCUCUGUGGCCCCGGCCAUGUUCUACCGUGGGGACACGGUGGCCCUGCUGUGUAACGGCAGCCUGGGGGCCCCGCUGGAGGAGGGGCAGCUGUCGGUGGGCUGGUGGGGCCCCCCCGGGCAGCGGCUGCUGGCCAGUGUGGACCGGCGUGGGGUGCGAGCAGCCGGGGACGAGCGGACCGCGGUCGGGACGGAGCUGAGUGUGGACAGACCCGGCCAGUUGUGCUUCCGUCUGCGGCUGCACGGCGCCCGCCGACAGGACCAGGGGCUGUACCGCUGCCAGCUAGCGCUGUGGGCACGAAGCCAGGACGGACACUGGUACCAGGCAGCCGAUGCCAGCUCCUCUCCCACCACACUCUUCCUCUACCUUACCGUGUCUGACACACUCACGCUGCCAGCCGUGGUGGGCGUGGUGACCUCUCUGUCGGUCUCCAUCGCCAUUGUCGCCGGCGUGACCUGCUGCUUCCUGCGGCGCCUCAGCAAGCGGCGGAACGCACAGUGA